CCCGGAAAUUCACAUCGGCAGCUGCGCCUCGCCGUAUCCUCCGCUCUCCCCGGAGGCGGCUCCCUCCCGCCGGCCGCCGGGCAGGCAGCAGAGAGUAGAUGCAACCAAAGCAAAAUGGGGCCUAAAAAAAACUGCAAAAGCAAACUUGCUUCGCAAGACUGCCCUGCUCUCCACGACUCGCAUGGAUGCUCCUCCUCCUCCCUGAUUCACUCGAUGGUGCCUCCCCAGUCCCCAGCCACCGACGAACCGACCGGCCCUGCGCACCCUGCGCCGGCCUCCCAUUUCUGAGCCCUGCGCCGGGCCGAUGCGACCGAUACGACUGUCGGAGCCGGAGCCAGAGCCGCCGGGCGGGGCCACGCCGGAGAUCUUCGCCGCGGGCGGCGGCACGGCGGUGGUGCGCCGCGCCGUCGUUAUCGGCAACGGCUGCGCUGGCGCGGAAAGCCAGUGCUUCGGCCUCCUCCGCGCGCUGGGCCUCGCCGACCGCUUCACGCUCUACAGUGCUAUCAGGCCAACAGGAGGAAUCAACAAGUGGCUGCAUUUUCUUCCAAUCUCCUUCCACAAAGCACUGGACCAAUUUCUCAGGCGGGUAUUUUCUGAUACGAGAUUUGCAACAUUGGUUCAAGGCAACAAGUUCAUGCAGCAUCCCGUCCGUAACUUUCAAUCAUUUGGACUGUCUUCUGUACUGGAAGCAGACACUCAAAAGAUGGUGACCAUGGUCCGUGAUACCUUUGAGAAAGAAGGUCCUGCACUGGUUGUUGCUUGUGGCCGGGAUACCAUAUCAUAUGCAAGUUCCAUAAGGUGUUUAGCUCCAGAUAAUGUGUUUGUCAUUCAGAUACAACAUCCCAGGUUUCACCUUGAUAGGUUUGAUUUAGUCGUGACGCCUCGUCAUGACUACUAUGCUUUAACUGCGAAGGGACAACAGGAAGUUCCACGCCUUCUCCGGAGAUGGAUUAUUCCACAAGAACCACCUGGUCCUAACGUGGUCCUCACUGCUGGUGCACUACACCAAGCAGAUUCUGCUGCUUUACGUUCUGCCGCUGCAGAUUGGCAUGCUGUACUCACUCCUUUGCCAAAGCCAUUGGUAGUAGUAAACAUUGGUGGACCAACAAGAAACUGUAAAUAUGAUGUGGACCUUGCCAAGCAGCUGGUAAUCUUGCUACACAAUGUUCUGAAGACCUGUGGAAGUGUCAGAAUUUCAUUUUCUAGGAGAACACCACAAAAGGUGUCUGAUCUCAUAUUGAAAGAGUUCAGUACACAUCCUAAGAUUUAUAUUUGGGAUGGUGAAGGUCCUAAUCCGCACUUGGGCCAUCUUGCAUGGGCUGAUGCUUUCAUCAUAACAGCAGACUCUAUAAGCAUGCUAAGUGAGGCAUGCAGUACUGGGAAGCCUGUCUAUGUCAUUGGAGCUGAGCACUGCAGGUGGAAGUUCUCAGAUUUUCACAACCGUCUUCGUGAGCGUAGGGCUGUCCGGCCUUUCACUGGACUGGAAGAUAUGUCAGAUAGCUGGAGCUAUCCUCCCCUGAAUGAUGCUGCUGAUGUGGCUGCAAGGGUUCGUGAAGCGUUUGCACAACGUGGAUGGAGGUUGGGUUAACGGUACCAAAGUAGGGAAUGAAAUUUAUCGUGCCCAAAUUUAAAUAUUUUAAAGAAUUUCACUUCACGCUGAUGUGGCUGGUAUCUUGGUUGCACAGAAGUUUGGUAUUUUAGUCAUGCCUUGAUUGCUAGGUAAAAAUCUUAUUGCGCGAUUUGCAUGAAGCGCACCCAGUUCCCCAUGAAGUUUGAGCAACCAUACACAUCCAAUCCCAAAGGUGUGGAAUCAUGACAUAUCCAUUCACCAUUGUAUCGUUCUGCUGCAAAGACGCCGACACUUAAAGUGCUGGCCAUGGCCUCAUGGGACAUCUGCCAUCGUGGGCUGUGACUGUGCUGAGUUUAUCCUCAGGCUCCAUUGCUCCGAUGUGCUGCGACGAAUGUGUAAAUCCUUUCGUGGCCUGACAAAUUAUGGAGGCCACGUUUGGGGGCGGCCAGCAUAAACUAAGCUCUGCUUUGCCGAAGGGUAAUAGAUCUAGCUUGGCUGUUGCUGAAUGGGGCUGAUACUUUUAUCCUGGUGAGGCUGAUACUUUGGAAUCGCCUGCUUGUCUGGCCUUUUCCUGGUUGCUGAUGAAUGUAGCUGACCAUCUGUCGGAUGGCCUCUGGCCGCUGGACAUUUUUAAUCGAACCAAUCAUCCGGAUCCUGAUUGGUCUGUCAGUAA